AUGCUGACUCUGCGAUCCACUCUAGUCUGUGGGUACUCGAAAAAGUCUUGUGGUACCGGUUGUCAAUUCAACUGCAACGCCACAUCUGAAUGCGGACCGUAUGCUCCACAGGAUUCCCAAAAGUGUCCCCUUAAUGUCUGCUGUUCCGAGUUUGGCUUUUGCGGAUCGACCACCGAAUUUUGCACCUGGACAAAUCCUGCCGACCCUGUCUACCCAAGUUGCAACACGCAAUAUGGUGGCUGUGGAGACGUGGAUAGGCCCAGUUGUGGAGGAGGAAAAAGCGCUUCCAAACGAACGAUUGGGUAUUACGAAAGCUGGUCCAACAUCCGCAAGUGCUCGAACGUAUCUCCAGAAGACCUGAAUCUUCAGGGCUUUACUCACAUCAAUUUCGCCUUCUCCUUUUUUGACCCUUCGACUUUCCAAAUUACACCAAUGGAUGCCAACGGUGCAUCGCUGUACAGUCGCUUCACUGCUCUGAAGAGCACUAAAAGUGGACUUGAGACAUGGAUUUCUGUGGGAGGUUGGUCUUUCACCGAUCCGGGAGCAACUCAAACUGCUUUCAGCGAUAUGGCCAGUUCCCAAGCCAAACGCGCCAAAUUCAUUCAAGGCCUCAUAAAAUACAUGAGCACCUACGGAUUCGACGGUGUUGAUCUGGACUGGGAGUACCCCGGGGCGGAUGAUCGUGGUGGAGGACCCGCCGAUAUGGAAAACUAUGUGCUCCUAGCUCAGGAGCUCAGAGAAGCAUUCGGCUCUAAAUAUGGCAUCAGCAUGACGCUUCCAACUUCAUACUGGUAUCUCCAGCACUUCGACCUGCUAGGAAUUCAAAAACAUAUUGAUUGGUUCAACCUCAUGGCUUACGAUUUACACGGUGUCUGGGAUGCAGCUUCCCAGUACGUCGGACCGUAUAUUGCCCCCCAUACAAACCUCACGGAAAUCGAUCUCGCAAUGGACCUGUUGUGGCGUGCUGGAGUCACUCCCGAUAUGGUGGUCCUCGGCCAAGGCUGGUAUGGACGCAGCUUCACGUUGUCAGAUCCUUCUUGCAACAUACCAAAUGGCGUCUGCCAAUUUUCAGGAGCCGCCAAAGCUGGCUCUUGCUCAAACGCAGCUGGUAUCCUCGAUGACCAGGAGAUCAACGACAUCAUUUCUCAAAACAAUCUGCAGCCCGUUUGGGAUAAGACAGCAGCGGUAAAAUGGAUAACUUGGGACACAAAUCAAUGGGUCUCCUAUGAUGAUGCAGAUACAUUCAAACAGAAAAAAGACUUUGCGAACAGUCGUUGUUUGGGUGGACUUAUGGUCUGGGCCAUGGACCAGGUGGACCAGACUGCGUCUAACGGGCUUGGUCCUGACGCAAAUGUCUCAUCGGAUCAGCAAAGCACUGCUGAAAAAAUGUCAGCAGAUCAGCAAGCUGGCGUUACUUGUCGUACCACUGCUUGUGGCUCUAAAUGCCCAACUGGAAGCAACGAAGUCACUGAAACUAAUGGACAGCCUGGCCAAUUGAGUACGUCAUCUCGUUGUGCAAAGGGCGAAUACCAGUCAGUCUGCUGUGAUGAUGGCACCACGAUGGGAAAAUGUCAGUGGCGUGGAUUUCGAGGAGCUGGAUUGUCCUGCAUCAGCGGUUGUGCAGACGGCGAGACUGAAAUUACGACCAACAAAAAUAACCACGACAAAAAGAAAGGAGACCAGACUUGCAAUGGAGGCCUCCAAAGCUACUGUUGUGCAGGCUUCAAGCCUGCCCCUUCAAAGAAAGAACUCGAAAAAGACGCAGAAGAUGCCGCUAAGGCCGCGGCGGAAGCAGCAGCAGAGCAGGCAGCGCUCGAUGUUGCUGCUAAAGCUUUCUGUCGAGUUGCCGUCCCUGCCCUUCUUGCGCCACUUGAGCUGCUGGAAGACCUCAUUCCGAUCAUUGGAGAGAUACUCGAUAUUGCAGAAAUUGCUGCUACCCCUGCAAUCAUCGAAGGGUGCGUCAAAGGUAUCGAAAAGGAAGGUAAAGCUGAAUUCAAAGUUUUUGGCAAGAAACAUACUCUGUCCAUGGAUAAGCCCACCGAAAAGCCUUCUGAAACAAGGCCACCAACCUCGAGCCACUCUUCCCCAAGCACAAGUACCCCAACCAAUAGUUGUGGCAAUCAGGCCAGAGAUCUCGACAAAAGAGCUGGCCCUUGUUUUCAACCUGUAACAUCCUACACCGCCAUAAAGGAUCCUCCGAUAUACCAGAUAAUUGGAAAAGUGUGCGAUGGCAAGAAGUGGCCCCAAGCUUGUUGGCAGUAA